UCAUAUGAUAUGACUCACUGACUUGCGCCUGAGAUAUCGCAACCAUUCCAUUGUGCGGAGUACUCGUAUAAGCAUCAUCAAGGGUGCGAUUCGCUUUAUAUAAAUAUAAAAUAACAAUAUAAUGACUGAAGUUAGAAAGGAUGAUGUUGUAAAAAUUCUUCACACCUAUCCGCUUUGUAGAAAAUGUGAUAUGUCAGAUGAAAUGAAGCAAGAAGCAAUGGAAUUAUGUGUGACUGCAGCAGAAAAAUAUGCAGACAACUAUGAGAGCGUGUCUCGAAUGAUCAAGGAAACAAUGGAUAAGAAAUUUGGUGCAUCAUGGCAUACUGUCGUUGGAGAAGGCUAUGGCUUUGAAAUAACUUAUCAAUUGAAACAUCUUUUGUAUAUGUACUGCGCCGGCAAUUUAGCGAUAUGCAUUUGGAAAUCUGCAUAGAGUAAUUUUGAUAAUUAUAAUGCAUUUUUAACAAAUUAUAUGUGAAUUAACUCGAAAUAUUUGUAGACAUGGGUAAAGGUGUUUGUAUUAUACAUAUAUAACAGAGAGAGUGACAACGAUAUAAGAAAAGAAUAUUUUUUAUGUGUCUCAUAAGUAUACAUGGGUCCAAUGUCUGUAUUUAAGUUGGAUAUUUAUAUCAUAAUAAUUAAAUGCAAUUGCGCGCAUAUUGGAGAAGCAACAUUAUUUAUAAGCAAAUAUAUCUAGAUGUACAUAAGACAUGAUAAACUAAUUGAAAUAAGAAUAUAUUGAAUAUUUCCUUUUCUCUGGCA